CCUCAAAGGCAGCUGCGUUUACAAUCAGUGGCAGUUUCUGUUGACACCGGAAGUGCCUCUGCGAGCUGCCGCUGCCACGAUGUGAGUUUGCCUUUACUGGAGAAAGUGUGUCCGUCUCCGGAGCUCAUGUCCCGGGUCACACUGUCAGGAUGAUGGAGUCAAGCCUCAACAACAAGGCAGAGAGAAGAGAGCAGCUCGAGGCAGACGAGCUGAAGGGCGACGACUCAUCAGAAUUCAGCACUUUACCACACUCACAGCAUUCCAGCAUCGAGGAGAGAGACCACCUUCAGGUCUUCCUCCGAAUCCGACCCUUCACCUCAGCAGAGAGAAGUAACGGAGAGUCACUGGAUUGUGUUGCCAUCGAGUUUCCUGACACAGUCCUGCUGAAGCCUCCAUGUUUGUCGCUCUCGGCGAGCGUUGACAAAUCACUUCCACAGACUGGACAACGCUUCCAGUUCUCUCAGGUGUACGGUCCUGAGGCGACGCAGAGAGAGCUGUUUGAAGGCACAGUGAAGAACUUAGUGAAAAAUGUUCUUGAAGGAGAAAACUCGCUGGUUUUCACUUACGGAGUCACCAACGCUGGGAAGACCUUCACCUUCUUAGGUCCAGAUGCUGAUGCAGGGAUCCUGCCCAGGUCUCUUGACGUCAUCUUCAGUAGCAUCGAUAAGCAGGUUUUCGCCGGGACGACCAUCAAACCUCAUCACUGCAGAGAUUUCACCGGACUCAGUGCAGAGCAGCAGGUGGAGGAGACGGUGUUCAAGAGAAACCUCUUCAGGCAACUGAAAGAAAGUGACAGGAGCAAUGCCAGCCUGUUGAACUCGACCACCAAGACGCUCAUUGAAGGUGCCUCCGUCCUCGGGACGACUGUGGCUGCAGAGGACAAAAUCAGCCUGGGUCUGCAAACGCACGCUAAGUUCUCAGUUUGGGUUUCCUUCUGUGAAAUCUACAAUGAGAACAUUCACGACCUCCUGGAGGUGGCCUCCAGCGGGGCCCUGAGGAGGACGGUACUGCGUCUGUCACAGGAUGUCAGCGGCAAUACCUUUGUCAAAGAUCUGCGCUGGGUUCAGGUCAACAGUGCAGAAGAGGCGUACACGGUGAUGAAGCUGGGGAAGAGGAACCAGAGCUUCUCCUCCACCCGACUCAACCACCUGUCCAGCCGGAGCCACAGUAUUUUCACCAUUCGCAUUUUGAGGAUUGACGCUAUUGGGAAGGUCCCCAUAGUCAGUGAGUUGUGUCUGUGUGACCUCGCCGGCUCGGAGAGAUGCGCCAAGACUCAGAAUAAAGGAGAGCGUCUGAAAGAAGCUGGAAACAUCAACACGUCACUGCUCAUCCUGGGAAAAUGCAUCAAUGCACUGCGGCACAAUCAGCAGGCCAAGCUGCUUCAGCAUGUUCCCUUCAGAGAGAGUAAGCUGACCCACUACCUGCAGAGCUUCUUCUGUGGCCGAGGCAAAGUCUGCAUGAUAGUCAACAUCAACCAGUGCGCCUCCAUGUACGACGAGACCCUCAACGUCCUCAAAUUCUCUGCCGUGGCACAGAAGGUUGUAGUCCUGUCCACAAGGCCUCCUGCCACUAAACCGCAGAGGUCUGCCGGUGACGUGCCCUUCGUCAUCAGCAGUGCUGAGAGGAAGACUCCUCGCAGCAGGAGGAGCUCUCUGAUUGACUGGGAGAGCAGCCUGGAGGAUGUAAAGGAGGAAGUGGACAAUGAGCACGAGGAGGAAACCAGCCUGAUGGAGGAAACUAUGGACCAGACCGGAAAUGAAGACGAUGAUGAAAUCCUCAUCAGCAAACAGACGCAUCAGAAGCAGGUGGCGCUGCUGAGACAGCUGCAGAUUCAGCUGAAGCAGGAGCGAGCGGCGGGUCUGCUCAUUGAGGCGCGAGUGAGAGAGGAAAUCAGCAGAGAAUUCUCUGACCUUUUCUCAGAGAUGCAGAUCGACUUCAAUGAGCGCUUGGCGAGGGAGAGAGAAAUCUUGGAGGAGCGAGCAGAACGGAGGCUCGAGAUCUUUAAGAACCUCAUUGACAAAAUGACCAAAGCUGGAACCGGUCAGGAUGCACAAGACAUGGACAAAUCUCUUGACCCCUACUCCUCCGACUUGACCGACGUAAAUGAGGCAGCAGGUAAAUGUCUGGGCUCAGGUGAAAUGGGAGCCGUGGAGGAGCUGCAGAGGAAGGUGUUGGAGCUGCAUGAGCACAAAGGCGAAACCAACGAAGAGGACGAGGAGACAAUGACGCUCCUCUCUCAGCUCCAGGAGAAGUCGUCAGAGGUUUCCCGGCUGGAGAAGCAAGUGGAAGAUCUGCAGAGGGCAGCACAGACGCGCUUACAGGGCCGCUCCUCGGCAGUCGAGAAGGAGAGUUCACCUGAGCGAGAGCAGCUGCAGGAGGCGCUGGCAGCCCUGGAGAAGGAGAAGGAGGGCAGAGAAGAUGUCAUAUCUGCUCUGGAGUACCAGACUUUGGGCAAAGAGGAGGCUCUGGCUUCUUUAGAGGAGGAGAGGAAAGCAAGGGAGGACGCCAUUGCCUCAGUUGGCGAGCUGAAGCUAAGCAAAGAUGAGGCGAUGGCAUCCCUCGAAAAAGAGAGUAAAGACAAACAGGAAGCCAUAGCAGCUCUUGCAGAAGUGAAGGAGGCGCUCGCUGCUCUCAGUAAAGAGAAGAGCGUCGUAGAGGAGGCUCGCUCUCUUCUGGAGACAGAGAGGAUGAAGACGAGCAGACUGGAAGAGGAGAGCGAGAAGAGGCAGCAGCAGGUUGACGCACAACAACAGCAAGUCAUGGACCUGACUUCCAAAGUGGAAGCCGUGGAGCGUCAGGUGACAAGUGAGAGGGAGAGAGCAGAUCAAGCGUUAGUCCAGCUGGAUGAACACUCGAAGCAGCUCCAGGUGAAGACUUCUCAGAUCCACGUCCUGACGCUGGAGCUGCAGACCUCCACAGCGUCGCCCGGCAGCGUUGGUGAUCGGCUGAGAGACGAGGUGUCAGUGCUCAGGAAGAAUCUGGCUGAUGAGAAGGAGAAAAAUGAGAACAAGCGCAUUCAAACACUUGAGCUGGAGCGUGAGCUGCAACAGGUAAAAGAACAGCUGGAGCAAUUUAACGAGAAGCUUCAUCAACAGCACGAAGUUGAAGAGCUGAGGAAGAAGCUUCAGGAGCAGGAAGUGAUGUCACAGCAGACACUGGAUGAGCUGAGAUCUAAGCUUGAAUGUCAAGAGCGUUCCUCCAAAGAAGACGGACACGAGCUCAGAGCAAAGGUAGACGAACAAAGACAGGCCUCAGGAAUACAGCUGGAGGAGCUGAAAUGCAAACUGAGUGAACAACAAGAAACUUCUGACAAAGUCUUAGAUGAUCUGAGGCUAAAGUUCAGCGAACAGGGGAAAACUGCAGAGCUGCUCAAGGCCGAACUGGAAGAGGCUAGGUCAAAGGUCAAAGGUUCCUCCUGCUCUGAAGAAGAGGUCAAGAGGUUAAACUCUGAACUCCAGACAGAGGUGGCAGCCCUGAGAGAAAAGCUUUCCAACAUAGAAGAAGCUAAAGCGUCUGCCUCCGAAACCAAAGCUCCGCUCGCCUCUUCAGAGACUGAGACAACGCCGACUGAAAUGGACAGACAGACAGAGAAGAGGGCGUCUGCAGAGCUGCAGAAGAAGCUGCUGGAAAAGGAGGUUCAGGUAACAGCCCUGCAGAAGAGCCUGCAGGAGGCACUGGAGCGGCGGGAGGAGGAGGAGAUCCAGGCGGUUCAGGAGGCUCGACGUAGGGAGGUGGAGAGACGCAGGGAGCUGCUGGCUGUCGCUCACGAGGCCAUCGCUCAGAAAGACGAGGACCUGGAGAAGAAAGGCGGCGAGAUCAACAGACUGAAGGAAAACGCUAAGCAGGACUCAGAGAAGGUGGAGAGCCUCGGCCUGGAGCUACAGAGGAAAGAGGACAACACGUCAGAUCUCAGAGAGAAGCUGGCUGACUACAAGAAGCAGGUCCAGCAGGUCCAGAAGGAGAUUUCUGCGAUGAGGGAAGAGGUGAAGGUUUCGAGACAGAAGCUGACGGACACGGAGAAAACCAAGAAGCAGCUUCAGUCGGAUGUGGCCAACAGAGACAGAACCAUCCACCAACUCAAACUGGAACAGUCAUGUGACACAAAGUCUGACCACACGCUCUACCAGAAGUCCUGUAAAGAGCUUGAAGCCAAAGAGCGAGUGAUGGAGGACAUGCGUUUGGCUCUGACGGAGCAGGAGGAGACCCAGGCGCAGAUGGAGGACGUCCUGGAGCAGAAGCUGAACCUCAUCCAGGAACUGUCCGACGAAGUGGAAAAACUGAAGGCGAUGUUGUUGCAACAGGACGGUGGAGCCGACGCACCGUGUCGGGUCGACAGCUCGUCACAUGACGUCAGACAGGCCGAACAGGAAGCUGCACAGGCUCAGGAAAAACUUAAACUGUGUACAGACAAACACCAGGCCGAACGCAAGAAGUGGCUGGAGGAGAAGCUCUCUCUGAUUGGCCAAGCUAAAGAGGCCGAGGACAAGAGGAACCGGGAAAUGAGGAAGUUUGCUGAAGACAGAGAACGUUACGCUCGCCAGCAGAGCCAGAUGGAGGCGCUGUCGUCCCAGCUGACAGAGAAGGAUCAGACCAUGGAGACAUGGAGGAAGGAGAGGGACACUCUGGUUGCAGCUUUGGAGGUUCAGCUCCAGAAACUUCUCUCCAGUCAGGCAGAGAAAGACAAACUCAUCCAAGAGCUACGGCACAAAUCCACACAGCCGCCACCAGAGGUCAGUGGUGGUGAGGGUGUUGAUGAUGGUGGUGUCGACGUGGCAGAGCAGCAGGCGGAUCUGUGUGUGAGGGAGGCCGACAUCCAGCUCCACCUGAAGGAGGAGCUGGAAGCGUCCACUGUCCGUCAGGUGGACACGGUCACUCAGGAUAAAAGCAGCGAGAGCCCUGCUACACUGGCAGGGAAACCCCAGAGUGAAACUCUCAGCAGGAAGUCAGAAGGACGGAUGGACACCAGAGCGUCAGUGAGCAGCCAAGGCUCCACUGGCUUCCCAUCUGUUCUCGAUUCGUCUGAGAUCUCCACGGAAAACGGACGGACGAGCCGCUUCCCUCGGCCAGAGCUGGAGAUCUCCUUCAGCCCUCUGCAGCCCAACCGCAUGGCCCUGAGGCGCCAGGGAGAGGAGAGCGCUGUCACCGUCAAAAUCACCCGCUCGGCACGAAAGAGAAAGAGCGGAGAGAUGGAGAAGUCUCACAUUUUCAGGAGGAGUAAACGACGACCAGCACGUGAGGAGGAGGUGGAGGCAGAUAACAGAAGGAACACAAGAACAAAACUGACGACAAAGCUGACCCCACACAAAGAGGAGAUCUCGUCCCCGGCGGGUCGCCACGACUCCCGCAGCAGAAAGGAAGGGACGCUGCAGAAGAUAGGAGACUUCCUGCAGAGCUCCCCUACGCUGCUCGGCACUAAAGCGAAGAAGAUGAUGAGUCUGGUGAGCGGUCGGGUUGAUGCCGACUCCGCAGCCUCGUCCUCCUCAUCCCUGGGUCUGAGAGCAAAGAUGAACAAGAGGAAACUGUACAGGCCUGAGAUUUCCUCCCCCAUGGACAUGCCCUCACACCCAAUCAUCAGCCGAGAGACGGUGGAGAGAGAGAGCGACCAUCAGAUCAUCAGGAGGCGUCUUCGCUCCAGGAUGAUGAAAUGAGGAACGUUCAGAUUCUUCUAAACUCAGAACACGUCGUCGUCACGAUCGAAUAUAAACGGAGAGUCGUCACUCGGCUGAGUGUGUUAACGGAGCAGUGCAACGUUUCUGUAAAAAACUUUUUUUUUUUUUUUUAAAGGACCAUUAUUUGUGUUAGCUUAGCAUAAAGACGGGAGGCUAACCUGGUUCAAAUCUCAGUCUUAAUUCACAGUUAAUUCCUUUGAUGAUCAAUAAUCAGCUGACUGAUGAUGACAUCACGUGACUUCACUGUCACUUUGUCUUAUCGUCAUUUAUUUAUCUUCACUUUAGACAGAACGUGCUGACUUUUACUUUUACGUGCAAUUAACCCUCGAUGUUCUCGUGUAGGAGGGAUUUUUCUCGAGAUUUGUUUUAAUCUGCUGUUACUUUAUAUUUAGUUUCAUAUAUUUAACAUUUCUGUUUGUUAAAAGAGGAGUUUUUUUUCUAUCUCGUGUGAAACCACUGAUUUAAGCUUCAUGUUGUGGAAGAGAAAUGGUUAAAAUCACUUAAACUACAGUUCAGAAGUCAAACACUUGUGCGUUCCCGCUGCACUUUAUCUCCGAGAUCAACAGAUCAAAGUCACUGAGACGUGAAGGAUCCUGAUUCUCUUUUGUACAUUAAAGUUGUUUUGAGGUUAAAACGUUAGUUUCAUGCACUUUUCUCUCAAUGUUCAGUUUAUUCUUCAGACUUUUCAAACCUUUGUUUCAGUCAUUUAAUAAAAAAAAUGUAAAACAGA